AGUUUGCUGAGCUCCAGGAGAAAUCUUUGGGGAGGGCUUGCUCUGAGCACACCCCUUCCCUCCCCCAGAGCUGCCGGAGACAUGGAGCCAGCCCUGCCCCAGCCUGUCCUCAUUGGCUGGCACGAGGCAGAGGGGGCUUUAAAAAGGGGACCGAGUCUGGGCUGGGGAGCCAAGCCUGUGCUCCUAGAAGGCAGGUGCCCUCCCGUGGCUGGCACCAUGCAGCUCUCCCUAGCCCUGUGUCUCCUCUGCCUGCUGGUGCAUGCAGCCGUCCACAUGGUAGAGGGCCAAGGGUGGCAGGCCUUCAAGAAUGACGCCACGGAAGUUAUCCCUGAGCUCGGGCGGUACCCCGCGCCUCCCCCGGAGCUGGAGAACAAGACCAUGAACCGGGCGGAGAAUGGAGGGAGGCCUCCCCACCACCCCUUCGAGACCAAAGACGUGUCGGAGUACAGCUGCCGUGAGCUGCACUUCACCCGCCACGUGACGGACGGGCCGUGCCGCAGCGCCAAGCCGGUCACCGAGCUGGUGUGCUCCGGCCAGUGCGGCCCGGCGCGCCUGCUGCCCAACGCCAUCGGCCGCGGCAAGUGGUGGCGCCCGAGCGGGCCCGACUUCCGCUGCAUCCCCGACCGCUACCGCGCGCAGCGCGUGCAGCUGCUGUGUCCCGGCGGCGCGGCACCGCGCGCGCGCAAGGUGCGCCUCGUGGCCUCGUGCAAGUGCAAGCGUCUCACCCGCUUCCACAACCAAUCGGAGCUCAAGGACUUCGGGCCCGAAGCCGCGCGGCCGCAGAAGGGCCGCAAGUCGCGGCCCCGCGCCCGGGGAGCCAAAGCCAACCAGGCCGAGCUGGAGAACGCCUACUAGAGCCCGCGCCCCACCCGCGCCGCCCCGACGCGCCCCGGCCCAGGCGCGCCCGGGUUUCCGUCUUCUGCGCGGGUUUCGUUGGUAUUUCACUUCAAGUGCCUGGCCCUCACCCCCACCCCGAGGCAGGGGCCGAAACCUUCCGCCCGGGCGGAAGCCCGGGUGCCAGCAAAGCUCCCCGCUUUGGCCCGCAAAGAGGGUCCCGCAGGGAAGGGGCGGGAGCUAAGAGCCACUGACACUGAGCCAGGCAGCCCCGCCCCCGGGGCCCACCCACCUUUGCUGGUCCCGCCCUGAAGUUUUAAGGGAGCCGUGAAGGCUGUGAAAAGUCCAGGGAGGGUUAGGAAGGUUCCCUAAGAGUCCCCCUGCACCUCUGCCCACCCCUGGAGCUGUGUGGUGCCAGGAGCCCAGGACUGGGGGGUGGGGGGUGGGUCUGCGGGUGGGUUUCUGGUCCUGACUCUGCCACUUGGACUGUGUGAUCCCCUUUAGGGACCUCGACUUCCUCUUUGUAAGAGGCGGGUGGGGAGCAAAGGUCUCAGGAAUCCUCUGUUAAAUGCGUCCAUGGGUGCCCUUUGAAGGGGCGGAGGGGAGAGAGAGGGAGACAGAGACAGAGGCUGAUUAGAUUGACUCACGGCCAGGGGCACUACCAGAAUUCAGGGCUGUGAGCUCUGAACCAACAGCCAAAGAUGCAACAAAUGGCUAUUUAUGGCUGACAACCCCCUGGAAGAAGCUGCCUGGUGUCCCGGCCUGGCCUCGCCAGAUGCUUGGCUACCUCUGCCCCUCCAUCUCAAAGAACUGACUUCGUCAAUCGGGGAAAUGCAGGCGAGGGUCCCCAGGGUGGUGGGAGGGGCGGGAUUUCCCCAUCGGCCCGGCUCUACGCCAGGUUUUAAAGGCACCUUCGGUGGAGAAAGUGGAGACCCCGAGAUGCAGGGCUUGCGGGUCCUGGGGGAGCAGACCCCUCCCGCGGCCCCUCCCCCGCUCCCCACUCACAGAUGCACUUCUGUCUACAACACAGCUUCUUGCUGCUCUUACCGGAUGGCAUUUCUUAUAUUAAAAGAACGUAAGGGGGUGGGGUUACAAAUGCUGUACAUAUGCUGAGAAACUGCAAAGCAGCGUCGUUGCCACCCACAAGACUCCUGAAAACCAUUUCCAGACACCUCUUCCUUUCUGUGUAGCUUUUAAUUGUUAAAAAGGAAAAACACUUUUAAACAGGAGCACAUGCCGAUUGGAAAGCCCGCGGGGCUGGUGGUGUUUGCAAUCCCCGAGAGAGGGGUGUGGUUUUUAAAGAGUUAAGUUACCUAUUUAUUUUCUCACUUAAGUUAUUUAUGCAGAAGUUUGUCUCGUAGAGGAUGACAACGUUAAUAUUGCUUAAUGAAAUACCAGUCUGUUCUUCGAGUCCAGAGGCGUUGUUAAUAAAGACAAUGAAUCCUAA